AUGAGCACCUCGUUACCUCCCACUCCGCCAUCAAGGGCCUUAAUAGAUGGCGAUCAGCGAUUUAAAACUAUUACAUUACCAUGUGAAUUGGUGGAGGAUUACCGCCCAGGUGGUUAUCAUCCAGUCAUUCUCGGCGACGUUUUUAACCGCCAGUACAAGGUCAUUCGGAAGCUUGGCGAGGGCUCCUACUCAACGGUUUGGCUCGCCCGUGACCUGAAUGGAUAUGUCGCCCUGAAGAUCCUUGUGUCGGAAAUAUCGGGAUCGACAACCGAGCUGCGAACCUUACGCCACAUCAUCGAAGUCGCACCAGAAGAAGGGACACGAUAUAUCACGCGACUGCUAGACGAGUUCAAUCACCGCGGGCCCAAUGGCGUCCACAAGUGCCUGGUAUUUGAGCCCAUGGGCCCGAGUGUGAAUACUAUGGUCGUGGAGCUGCCGCAGUUCAAAACUCGCAGGCGAGGAAUGAAGAUCCGCUAUCCGCUUCGGAUGGCAAAGAGCAUCCUCAAGCAAUCUUUGCAGGCUCUUACAUUUCUCCACGAAAAUGGUAUCGCCCAUGGAGACUUCCAGCCGGGAAACAUACUCUUCACUCUUAACGGUGUCGACUCGACGCCCGAGGACUUGCUCCGGCAAGAGGAAGAUGUGCAAGCCCGGUCAAUCUCGCCCCUGGUUCAGAGGCUAGAUGGUAAACAAGAUAUAUGGGCUCCUCGAUAUCUUUGCGUUGCGCAGCCACUCAUGCCCUUUACCUGCUACGCCGAAGGGUUCAAGGUCAAAUUAUCCGAUAUGGGCGGUGCAUAUUUUUUUACCGACCCGUCAGCAAAGCCCGUUGUUCCACUCGGUCUUCGAGCUCCCGAGUUGAUUCUUACCGGAGCAGUUAACGAUACCAUUGAUGUCUGGAGUUUCGGUUGCCUUGUCUUUGAGCUUAUCACCGGACAGCCACUCUUCUGUAUACCAUGCUCCGAGAUGGAAGAUGACGACCAUCUUCUAUCCUUAACCGCCCAGCUCGGCGCCCUCCCCGAUGAUCUCCUGAAGCAUUGGACGACCUCGUCGCUCUACUUUACGCCCGAGGGGAAACUCUUUAAUUGUCAGCUUGGAGGAGUCGCUCCAGGGGAGGAACCACUUAUGGUGGAGCAGAUAUCUAUGGAAGAGUCAUUCGAUAGGGCAGGCCCGGACCUUGAUGAGGAGGAAGCCCACAAGGUGAAGGCGCUCAUUCGAUGGAUUUUGCAAUAUGAUCCCGCGAAGAGACCUUCGCCUUCGAAAAUCUUAUCUGAUCCAUGGUUCUGCGAAAUUGAUGUUGAGAGCGACUCGUCCAAGGUAUCUAUACCCUAG